AUGUCCAAGAUCGAUAAGCUGUCCGUCCAGGGCAUCCGCUCUUUUGGCGGCAGCCGCGAAACCAUUUCAUUCUAUACCCCCCUGACUCUCAUUGUUGGGUACAACGGCUCCGGAAAGACCACUAUUAUCGAGUGUCUUAAGUACGCCACCACCGGCGAACAGCCUCCCAACAGCAAGGGCGGUGCCUUCGUUCAUGACCCCAAGUUGUGCGGUGAGAAGGAGGUUCUGGCUCAGGUCAAGCUUGCAUUCACUUCGACAGGUGGCCAUAAGUGCGUCUCUACGCGUAGUUUGCAGUUGACCGUCAAGAAGAACUCCCGAUCACUCAAGACUCUCGAAGGAUCACUGGUAUACAACAACAAUGGCGAGCGCACCGUCAUCUCGUCCAGAGUCGCCCAGAUGGAUGAGUUCAUCCCGAGAGAACUCGGUGUUUCCAGAGCCAUCCUCGACUACGUCAUCUUCUGCCACCAGGACGAGUCUCUAUGGCCCAUGAGUGAACCUGCCGCCCUGAAGAAGCAAUUCGACCAGAUCUUUGAGGCCAUGCGAUAUACCAAAGCCAUCGACAACCUCAAGGUCCUCAGAAAGAAGCAGGGCGAAGAACUGGCCAAGCUGAAAAUAUUCGAGGAACAAGACCGAAUCAACAAGGAGAAGGGCGAUCGUGCCGAGAAGCGCUCCAUGGCGUUGCAGACCGACAUCGAGGAGUCCCGGGAAAAGUGCACCGCCCUCACCCUCGAAAUGGAAGAGCUGCAGGAGCAGAUCCGCGAGAAACACGAGCAGGCCAACAGCUACCUGAAUGUCGUCAACGACCUCAAGUUCAAGAGGGAUCAGCUCGCUUAUCGCGAAGGCUCCAUUGCGGAUAUCAAAAUGACUCUCGAGGAGCUUUUCGAGGACGACGCGUACCUGGAGAAUGCGCUCGCCCAGUACGAGGAGCGCAUGGCCCGCUACGAGGAAGAAGCGAACGAAAACAAGGCCCGUUAUGCUGAGCUGCAGAAGGAUCUAACCCAGUCCCGUCGAGAGCUUUCCGCCAAGCUUGCAGAGCAGGGCAAGCAUCAGUCCGACAAGGACAAAUACGAACGCCAGCUUCAGUCCCGCAUGCAGCUGGUCCGGGACGCCGCAGGGCUUCACGGGUUCCGUGGCUAUGACGGCGACCUCAAGGAUGCUCAGAUCAAGGCCUUCAACGAGCGCAUCCAAAAGCUGCUGGCUGAGAAGAAGCGCGACCUCGAUCGGGCACAAAAAGAGAAUGCGCGCGAGCUGGAUGAGGCGACGAGCGUCAUCACCGAGCUCGAGGGUCGCAAGGCAACGACAACUCAGAACCGUGUCUUUGCCAAGCAGCGGAUGGGUGCCAUCGACAAGCGAAUCAAUGUCUUGCAGAUGGACAUCAACCGGCUGGACAUUGACGAGGGCGCCAAGGCUAUUCUCGACAGCCAGUUCGAGGAUGUUGAGAGCCGGCUGAAAAAGGCAAACGAGUCCUUGUCCAACGCCGACUACGACAACCAGCUUCAGCAGGAGAACGAGAAGCUGUGGCAGCUCGAGAGUGAGAAUGAGAAGCUUGGCCGCGAAUUGAUGGAGUGCACGCGGCUUGCGUCUGAGCGGGCGCAGUUGGAUUUGCGGAAGAAGGAACUGUCAGAUCGCAAGCGCAAACUUGAUACCCUCACCAACACAUGGAAGCCCAAGUUGGACACGCACGUUGGUACCGCAUGGCAGACAGACACCCUCGAAGCCAAGUUCCACGAGGCCUUGAAGCACCAGAACAGGAUUGUCGCCGAAGCUCGCCAGAAGCGGGAUUCGGUGAGGGACAAGCAGCAGAAGGUUGACUUUAGACUGAAGAAUGCCAAAGAUGUCGGCGCCAAAAAUUCAGACGAAGCACAGCGCUGCCGCAGUGCCGUCGUCAGUGCCUUGCAGGCGGUCCGAGACGGUGCCACCAUCGAUGACUACGAGGAAGAAGUCAAGAUGCAUGAAGAGGACGUGGAGACAUACGCCACCGAUAUCAGCCUCUUGGACGCCCUGGCAGACUACUACCGCGGCUGCCAGAAGACCCUGCUGGAGAAGAACAAGUGUCGACUUUGCGACCGCAGCUUCGAUGACAAAUCGAAUGUCGCCAAGUCUCGGUUCUCAGACAAGCUGAUCAAGUUCCUUGACCCCAACAAGAAGGAAAAGGCAGAAGAGGAUCUCGCCAACUCCACUGCCUUACUUGAUUCCCUGCGUAAGGUCAAGGCGCAGUAUGAGACAUACCAGAGACUGAUGGCAGAGCUCCCUUCUGUGAAAGAAGAGGUUGCUUCCCUCGAGUAUGAAUGCGAAACUCUGGAACGAGAGCUGGAGGAGCACGAUGCCAUCGUCGGUGCCGAGGAAGGCAAGCUGACCGAUAUUGAAUCUCUCAACAAGACCGUCAUCAGCAUUACCCAAGCCCUCAAGGACAUCAGGGACUCCGAGGCGCAGGUCGACAGAAUUAUGACUCAACAGUCGUCCGGCACGGUCAGCAGAAGCGUCGACGAGAUCCACGAGCUCCAAGCGCUUUGCAACGAGCAAAUCAGAUCGAUGAAGAACAAGAUCUCCAAGACAACGUCAGAUCGUCAACGGAUGAAGGACCAGAUCAACUCGCUCGAGCUGGAGAAGAGUGAGCUCCGAAACAACCUGAGCAAGGCCCUCAAUCAAUUGGAGCGUAAGAAGGACUUUCAAAAUCAGAUCCAGACCCUGAAGGAGGAUCAGGUCCAUCAGCGAGAUUUGAUCAUCCGAGCUGAUCAGGAAUUGGAAUCCAUCGAGCCUGAGAUCGCUGAGGCCAGAUCAGUCCGAGACGACACCUUGCAGCGUGGUCGUGCAAAGGAGCAGGCUAUUGCCGAAGAGCGAGACAAAGUUGCUGACUCGGUGACGGAGCUGAAGAUGGUCGAGAACGACAUCCAAGACUACAUUGACCGCGGCGGCCCCUCUAAUCUGGCAGCGAAUCAGCGUGCCAUCGCGAGUCUUGAGAAGUCGAUUGCUUCGCUGGACAAGGAAAUCUCGGACUUGACUGUGCGAACCAACAAGCUGAAGCAGGACAUUGACAAUGGCGACCGCAAGAAGCAGAACAUCAGCAACAACCUGAAGUACCGCCAGAAUCUGCAGCAGCUCGAGAUCCUCCGUCGAGACAUCGAGGAGCUGGAGUCCCGUGACGCCGACGAGGACUACAGGACGCUGAUCACCGAAGCGAAACAGUUGGAAAACCGCCACAAUCGACUGGUUGCCGACCGAGGCUCCAUCAUGGGUCAGAUGAAGACCAAGGACGAGGAACUCGAGCGGCUCCUACUCGAGUGGGAGCAAGAGUACAAGAGCGCUGCCAAGAAAUACCGCGAGUCGCACAUUAAGGUCGAGACGACCAAGGCAGCCAUUGAAGACCUAGGCCGAUACAUCUCGGCCCUGGACACGGCCAUCAUGCGGUAUCACAGCCUGAAGAUGGAGGAGGUCAAUCGCAUCGCUGGCGAACUGUGGCAGAGCACGUAUCAGGGCACCGACAUUGACACGAUUCUCAUCCGCUCCGACAAUGAAAACGCGACGACGGGCCGGCGCUCAUACAACUACCGCGUCUGCAUGGUCAAGCAAGACACGGAGAUGGAUAUGCGCGGCCGCUGUUCGGCAGGCCAGAAGGUGCUCGCCAGCAUCAUCAUCCGUCUCGCUCUAGCCGAGAGCUUCGGCGUCAACUGCGGCCUCAUUGCUCUCGACGAGCCGACGACCAACCUGGACAAGGACAACAUCAAGAGCCUAGCCGAGAGCCUGCACGCCAUCAUCAAGGCCCGUCAAGCCCAAAGCAACUUCCAGCUCAUCGUCAUCACCCACGACGAAGAGUUCCUGCGGCACAUGCGCUGCAACGACUUUUGCGACAGCUUCUUCCGCGUCCGGAGGGACGACAAACAGAACAGCGUUAUUACGAAAGAGAGCAUCACGAGGGUUCUGUAA